AUGGUCUUACGGUCCUUCGCCUCGUUCUUCUGUGCCUUGAAGAGCUCAGAAUGUAGCGAAACUCGUGCUGGAGCCCGAAGACCGUGCUCUAGGUGGAAGCCUAGAAAUGAGAGCGACCACUUCGAGUAAAGUCUUAACACGGAAUUUGAACUUGUUUGAAACGUUAUAUGAUCUGCAAAUAUUGCAAAACUCGUGGCGAAAACAGUAAAUCAAAAGAUGAAAAUAUUUGGCUUUGUGAAGGAAAAUCACAACUCACUAAUAGAGGAAUCUUUCAGCACGAGAAGAACCAAAUCAUGACGACAAACGUCUGGCUGCAACACGUAUGAUACACUUUCAUUUUCUUAUCACUCUUACAAUGUUCUUCAGAGUUGGAUGGACUACAAACUGCAGUGGGACCCGAUGGAGUACGGUGGCGUGGACGUCCUCUACGUGCCGUCGGACACCAUCUGGUUACCCGACGUCGUCUUGUACAACAAGUUCGUUUCGGGAACAGUUUUUCUGAAAAAGCGCGAAAAUUUCAGCGCCGACGGCAAUUAUCAGGUGACCAUCAUGACCAAGGCGAAGCUUUCCUACAACGGCACCGUCGAAUGGGCGCCUCCAGCCAUCUAUAAGAGGUUCGAAAACCAUCAAUUGCUCUUUAUACCUCGUUUUUUCAGCAUGUGUCAAAUAGACGUCGAGUUCUUCCCGUUUGAUAGGCAACAGUGCGAAAUGAAGUUUGGUGAGUGGGCAGGAUUGGGUUUUUUUUGAAGCCAAGAAGGAAAAUCGAGUAGAGGAAAACAGAAGAACAGUUUUUCUGUGACUUGUCUCCGUGUUCCAAUUAUAUCUAAUCAUUUCGAAACGAUCUAAAGUUUUUCCUCUGUCCGUCAUUCCAUUAUUCAGAAAUUCGUUCCGUAUAACAUAAAUAGUUAUGAAAAGUAUAGUCUGUAUGCCACAACUUGAUAUUUCACCGAACGACAUUCCGCUGUUCCGCUGCGUGCGUUCGCGAAGCGUCUUUCGAAUCUAGGUCUUGCGUGUAGCGGCACAGCGGAAUGUCGUUUGGUGGAAUUCCAAGUCGUGGUACACAGGCUAUACCGCUUUGUUUUUUGUGUCAAAUUUUGAAAAUAGCUGCAAAAAGUUGCCGAGAGAAUCGUGUUACCGCCAGGCGCAAUGGCAAGAAAAUUGGAUUUAAAAAUCGAUUCAAGUGUUUUCUUUUUUUUUUUGCUUUCGAUUCCUUUGUUCAAAAGAGUUGGAUUUUUUUGCGAGAAAAGAAAAAUUAUAUACAGGUCGAAAAACGAGAAAAGCCAUUAACGUACUGGGAACAUUUUUAGUGGCCACUAUAGAGGCUCGCCAAGAAAUACUUGGAGAGGACACUAAAGUUGCCACUGGACACUAAAGUUGCCACAUAGUGGCCACCUAUAGUGGCCACUAUGUGGCAACUCCCUUUUUGUAUUUCCCUUUUUAGUGGCCACUAUAGAGGUUCUCUAUUUAGUGGCCACUUCAGUAGUUUUUCAUCGAGUAUUCCUUCCAGUAACUCUGAUAAUAUGAAAACAAACAGAUUGAACCGAUUAUGUUGAUCCAUUGACCCCUAAAGUGGCCACUACAAUUUUUUGUGGUGUAGUAGUAGCACUGAGACCUCUAUAGUGGCCACUAAUUUUUAACCCCCUUAGUGGCCACUAAAUUGACUACUAUAGUGGACACUAAAACGUCAAAACCUUAUAGUGGCCACUAAAAGUUUUCCCAGAAAACCAGUAAACAAAACAUGAUUUCAGGUUCCUGGACGUAUGGCGGGUUAGAGGUCGACUUGAAGCACCGCGACGAACAUUUAGAGCGAGAGGUCGAGGAGGAAGUUGAAGGCGUUGACGGACCAACGAAAGAGACCGUUUGGGUGGUCGAAGAAGGUUCCAGAAGCCCCUUUUUUGCUGGAAAUCGAUGUUUGUAGGAAUCGAUCUGAGCGACUACUACCCGAGCGUCGAAUGGGACAUCCUCAAGGUUCCCGGCAAGAGGCACUCGAAGAGGUUCGUUUCUUGACUUCUCGCUCCGAAAACUUUUUUCCAAAAAAAGACAAGAGUUUUUGAACAACUGUUCUGAAAAACUUCUGAAAAAGUAUAUUCUCAAAUAGUUCUUUAUGGUUGUUUCAAUGGCAUUCUAUAAGCUAUGUAUACGGUGAAUCAGGCUUGUGAGUCAGGCCGGGCGGUUUGUUCCGGGAUUUGGGCCUCAUUUUUGAGAAAAAGGCGGCGCGGGGUUGAACCAAAUUUCAUCAAAAAUACUUUCACCGGAAAAUCAUUCCUACUUCUUAAAUCAUAUUUUCUAUUGGACGUUAAGUGAAAAAUAAUGAAAAACGGGGCUUACUGGUUAGAUCGUAAAAUAGCCUAAUAUUCGACUUGAAGAAAAUUUGAGCUUUUUGGGCCGGGCCUGCCAUUUUUGCUUUAGGCCCCGCUAAGGCCGGGCUUAAAAAAUGAGGAUCCAAUGUCAAAAUGAGAAUGGAAUGGGAAAAAUUGAAUAAAUUUUUUUGCGAAACUGAGGCCUUUCAAAGGUUGUAUUCGAAGAGAGCAUUUUCCGGGACGAGCCACCUUUUUUCCCCUUUUAAAGAUUUUUUAAUGCGUCAUAUUUAUUCUUUUUAUUUUUAUUUUUAUUGCUUUUGUCUUAUGUUUUUCCACCAAACCGCAAUAAGUCAUUAUCCUGUCUAUAUCGCCAUUCUUUUUUUUUUGAACAAAUAUAUUUUUUUCUUUGCCACACGCCUUGAGACGACAAAAAAUGCGGUGGUCGCUACACCGUUUGAUUCUGUUCUCAGAUGAACUCCCAGAGGAAUUCACACGUCCGCGUCUUCCGAACAUUUUUGCUCUUUCAAUCAGUUUCCUCCUAAAAGAGCUCGUCAAACGAAGCAAUUCUCGCCCAGUAGAAUGGGCUGGAGACUUUUAUUGUCUAUUGAUAUGAUCGCAACGCCCAAAUUUUAGUCCUUUUUUUCUGAUUUCCUUGAUGUAGGUCAGGAUUUUGAAGAUCUAAUUUUGAAAAAAGGAGGCGCAGUAAUAGUGUCUACCGCAUCAUGCUUUUUUCUUUUUGCUAGAUCCAGUUUAGUGUUAGUAAAUUGACAAAUAAAGGCCCAUAGAAAAAAAAAAUUAGAAGUAAGAUUUUUUUACAUCUUUAUGAAUUGACACGGGGCAUCACUCAGAGAAUUUGAACAGGCAUUCUUAAAAGAUGUUCAAAGAAAUGAAGGGCAGAAAGCUGCAAGUUGCGCGGCGUCCGUGAGUGACAGGCCGGCAGAGUCGAGAAAAAUGGCUUGGCUCGAGGAAUGCCCAUUCACAUAUCGAGGUUUAAGCGACAUGUCGCGAACGCUCCGGGAAUUUCCAGUUUUUUAUAAGGGAGAAUAUGGAAAAAAAAAUUUUUUUGAAAGGUUUUUUUAUAUCAAAAAAACUCUGUGAUUGCUGUUGAUCAUUUUGAUAUUGUCAAGUCGGAAACAGACGUAGGCGAGUGAAAAAUCAGUCAUUCCGGGAAAAAGGGCUGACUCACAAAAGUUUUAAAAAGUAAUAAUAAGCUUUAACUUCAGGAAAGGAGUAAUGAAAAAAUAAAAUCAGCCUUCUACUUUAAGAGUCAGUGCUGACGUUGAAUUAGAAAGACUCGGGAGAAGGGUUUGACGACUUUCAAAAUUAGUCUGACCAAUGAGUUGCAUCGGAGAGAGAACAUGGGUUUUAUUUCGAGGUUUUCCCGACUUCGUGUUUAUAUAACUUUGAACUGUCUUGAGCUCCACUUUGUACGAAAAAAACACUGCCGAAGCCGCCGAAACUGAAAUUCACCUUUUUUCAAAACCCACUGGGCGUUUCUUUUCCUCAAUAUUCCAGAAAUAAAUCAUGAAAGCGACUAUUUUCAAGGUUGUACCUCUGAAAAAAAAGCACCAUUUGAUUGUUUGCAAUUUUUCCAACACAGCCCUUCGAAGUUUAGUUGAGAACUAGUAAAAAUUGUCCACAGUUAGGCUUUAGAAAGGUUAAAGGCUUUAGAAAGGAGCGAAUGAAGUGUCAAAAUUGCAGGUAUCCGUGCUGCGAGAGCCCUUUCAUCGACAUCACCUAUGAGAUCCACUUGAGGCGGAAGACGUUAUUCUACACUGUCAACUUGAUAUUUCCUUCCGUCGGAAUAAGGUUUCUGGCGCUCAUCAACUGAGUUCAUUCCAUUUUUCAGCUUCCUCACCGCUCUUGUUUUUUACCUCCCAUCUGAUGGAGGGGAGAAGAUCUCGCUAUGUAUUUCGAUUCUCAUUUCUCUAACUGUCUUCUUUUUACUUUUAGGUUGGUUCUUCUUUUUUAUUAAAAAAAAAACUUGAUCAGUUAUUUAUAACGAUUAGCUAAGUUACUAUGAAAAAACAGCAGUAAUUCAAGUUUCUAAUCUCAACAAUGAAGUCAAGGAGUUUUCCGUGAAACAGUUCCGUUUCAAGAUCAACUAUUUUCUGUCCGCAACACGAUUAAAUUUUUCGAUUUUGAUUCUCAAAAUACACGUUACUAGUGUUUCUUUUUAGUUUCUAAGCUGUCUUUAGAGUAAAAAAAUAAUCAUAUCUAGAAAAAAAUCGUAAAGUCAAUCCUUCCCGACUUGGAAGGCGAAAUGAGUAGAUUCAACUAAAAUACGGAAAACCAUCUCCUUUCAAAGAUUGAAGAUAAAUUUUUGCCCUUAGAGCGCACUUUUUUUCUAGCUCCUUCCUUUUUUUGAUUUUUUUAAAACUGAACUUUUUUAAGCAGUUGUCUUCCUUCUCACAUAUAAUUGGAAAAAAACGCGAGUUCAAAAUUAAAAAUUUGCUAUAAUCUCCAGGAAAACUAUCUAUAAUCAGAAAGGAACUGAAAUUUCAAUAAGUUGAAUAAAAUCAUAAAAAAAGAAAAAAAAUAUUAAUGCUGCUGCUAUUUCGAACGAGUUUCAUAAGCCUUAUUAGGUAAUAAAUAAUAGUUUUUAUAUAAAUGGAAUUUUUCGUUACAAAAAAAUAGGACGAAGAAGAAGAUGUUCUUCAUAUACGGACUCAAUGUUUCAGUCGAAAUUAUUCCCUCCACGUCUUUGGUGAUACCUCUGAUCGGCAAAUAUCUUCUCUUCACCAUGGUUCUCGUCACAUUGUCCGUUGUCGUCACUGUCGUAACUCUGGUGAGUUCAAGAUCUUCCCGGAAGAUUUUUUUUGAGCUGAUGGGAGCGAAAAUUGAGAGAAAAGUUUCAGAACGUGCACUACCGAUCGCCGACGACGCACACGAUGCCACGAUGGAUGCGGAGACUUUUCAUUGACAUUCUGCCGCGAUUCCUUCUCAUGACGAGACCACUUCCGCCUGGGCAUCACAACAAGGUUUCUUUUGAGGGUUUCAUUAAAGGGCUUCAAAGUUAUCUUUUUGAAUCAUUUUACUCGGGCGGAACGGAAUAAGCUCCUCGAACUCUUUUAAAAAAAAGAUUAUUUAAGGGUCCCCAGAGGAUCUUUUUUACCUAAUUGUUGCCUCUUUUCACAUCCUUCAAUCAAAAGGUGCUGGAAAGCAAGUGAAGAGAUUCCAGGACAUUCAAAACAGAUCUUCAGAACCUAUGAAUAAGAAGCUCAAAUGCUUUUUUUCCCCUCAUUUUAGAACCUUUUAGCGGUACCUUUUCAGGAUCCUCAAAGGUCAUAUAGUUUUUUGCCAUAAUUAUAUUGAGAAGACCAUUUUUUUCAAUAGUCAUUCUCAUAUGAAACGUUGAAAAAUUGAAAAAAAAAACGUAAUUGACUUCUUUUUUUCGCUCAAUGUUCAUGAUCCAACUUCAUCUUCAGAACAACCGGAAACGAGAUUCACGAACGUCAAACUUCAGUUUAAUGGGUAACCAUCAAUUCGCUUCAGCUAUACUCGAUCAGGUUCUUUCCUCUGUGAUAAGUCCACAUAGAAGCUCUUUCCAGCAAACUGACCUGCUCUCGCCUCAUUUCCGACCUUCUUUUGGCGGCAACAGCAGACCCGAAGACUCUUCUUUUUCUUCAUUCCAAAGGUCUGGUUUAGCAUCGAUUCGAAAUUAUCAUGUUUUUAUAGGAAUGGUUCGCCGGUCAGAUCAGCGGUUGAAAGUGUCGCCUACAUUGCUGAUCAUCUCAAAAAUGAGGAGGACGAUAAGCAAGUCAGUUUGAAAAACUUUUUCUGAACUGAAACUUGAGUCUCAACUCAAAACUAUGAUGAAAAAGAAUAUUGGGUAGAAUUAAAUUAAAAAAAGUUUUCUUUUUUCAGAGUAGUUCAAACGAGAUUUUUGAGUGAUUCUAAUAGUUCAAAUAGAAAUUUUUUUGAAUUGAAUGACUUCUUCAAACUUCAAAAAUAUCCCGUUUUGAGCUUUAAAAAGUUCCACUAAUAAAUCCCGAAUUAUUCGUCCAUUGUAAAGUAUCCUUUUUAAGUUUCAGAAGACGUUCAUUUUGGGCUUUUUCCGAUAUUUUGACCUUUGUCGGCUGCAUUAGCCUAUAAAUAUGAACUCUCUUGAAAACUCGCCUGCUUGAUUUUUUUUUUUCGAACUCUAAUUAGUUUCUCAAAAUUAUAUGAGAACCUCUCAAAGCACCUUUUUUCUGAUAAAAUAGCUCUUUGAAACAAAUCACGAGAUUAGUGUAUAAAGUUGGAGUAUUCGAUAAAAAUGUUUCCAAGGUUUUUUAAUGCCGAAUCUUUUUUUCCAAAUAAGGUUUUAGAACCCUAUGAUAGAAAAAUGAAUUGAAGGUGAUCGAGGACUGGAAGUACAUAUCGGUUGUGAUGGAUCGCAUCUUCCUCAUCACCUUCACGUUUGCCUGUGCUUUCGGCACAGCGGUGAUCAUCGCCAGAGCGCCAUCCAUCUACGACAACACCCCAGCUCUAGCCUAA